AUGUACGUAAGGCUAUCGGCUAGAGGUGCGAUCGAGGCUUGUCGGGGUAUUCUUAAUAGUUAUGUUAAGAACGCGAUUAUAGUAAUCCGACCUCCCGGUUACUAUGCCGAACAUGACGAACUAAUAGGCUUCUAUCUAUUUAACAAUGUACCUAUCGCCGUUAAAGCCUACUAG